AUGUCAGCGUACUCCGAGUCCGAGGCGGUAGCUAAGGACUUCCGCGAUGCACUCGAGGAUCUGCAAUCCAAUGCUCGCUAUGAAAUCUCCAACUUGACUGUGAUUGCAAGGGAAAACACCGAACACGCACUGGCCAUCUCCGGUGCUCUCCAGGACCAUAUCAAGCGGGUCGCCCCUCACAAGAAAUUGCCCGCCCUGUACCUCCUUGACUCCAUCGUCAAGAAUGUAGGCACGCCCUAUACGCUGUUCUUCGGUAGGAAGCUCUACCAGACAUUUAUGGACGCUUACGCCUCGGUCGACCCCGUCACUCGGCGUAAGAUGGAUGAGAUGCUCAAGACCUGGAAGGAAUCUAUCCCGGGAUCCAUCGACACGAGACCAGUGUUCCCUCCGGAAGUUGUGCGUCCGAUCGAGAAUGCCCUCAUCAAGGCGAGAACGAAUGCGCUACAAGCGCAGCAGGAGCACAUGCGAAGCCAGCAACAGCUCCUCGGCCGCAACAGACCGUUGAAUCAGGGGAUGCCUUACCGCGAGACUCCAACGCCUCCGGGCGCCCAUUCGAGCGCCCACGCGCAACUCAAUGGCUAUCACCAGGCUUCUAUGCCAGCUACUACUAACGGAACGCCUUACGCAAACGCGGCUCACUCGACGCCAGCCGGCUAUCCCCUGUCCCAACAUCAACAACCGCUACCGCCUUCUCGAUCCACGCCACAACCUUCGCAGGCGUCUAUGGCAUUUCAACCACCCCCGUCGCUCCCAUCACAGACACCUCAACUAUCUCGAUCAGGAGGCUAUGUCGCGCCGCAGACUGGAAUCAGCAUAGACGCGUUGAAUGGUGAUAUCCAGAAACUAAUCACGGCCUCGAAGGCUCAGUAUACACUAACACCGCAUGAUCCGAGUGUGCAGACGAGGUUGAGGGCGCUUAUGGAUUUGCAAACAAUACUCCAAACCCAGAACCUGCCUCAGCAUCAGUUAGUGCUCAUUGAGAAUCAAAUAGCUGAUCUUGCCGUGACUAUAAGGGCACCGCCAGCCCAAACACAUACCACCACCAUACAUACACCUGUCCCUGCACCCGUAGUAGUCACUAUAGACUCCUUGUUUGGCACGGGUGCUCUCGCUGCUUUGAUGGCACGCGGUUCUGCGCCUCCGCAAGUACCCUCGCCAGCGACUGUUGCUAUACGUUCUCCGCCUCCUCAGCGGGCACAGCCUCAGAAACCGGUCAACACGCAACCUUCGCAACCGCCCCCUUCUGAUCCUAUGGCGCUCAUGAACAUGCUGAGGCAGGCUGGCCUACUUCCGGCUGCAACACCGACUGGUAAUUCGACUGCGACUCUUAAACCCCUUCCGCUUCCAUUUCCUAUCCCCAUGCCCGGAGCGACUACGACCAACCAGUCCAUCCGGCUGCCCACUCUCGAGACGCUAGCGAGCGACAUCACCCUAAAGUCUUCGUCCCUUAAACAGUUCCGCCCUCAUCUUCUUCCCCAGCUUUUCGGAUCGUUGGGGCCUCAGUGCACCCAGUGCGGGCGUCGGUUUCAGACCGACGAGAAAGGGAAGAAAAAGAAGACAGCCCAUAUGGACUGGCAUUUCCGUGUGAACCAACGUAUCGCCGACGCCGAGAAGAGAGGGCAUCACCGUAGCUGGCUAGUAGACGAAGUGGAUUGGAUCAAAUCUCGAGAAGUCCUAGAUAAAGACUAUGUGCCCUCGUCUGGAGAUCCCGAUGCGGUGUCUGGCGGUUCUUCUUCAAAAGCUCCUAAACUCCAGUACAUCCCAGUUCCCGACGACCCUAGGUCAACUAGUGCUGUCUGCCCGAUAUGUCAGGAGAAGUUUUCGACGAUGUGGCUCGACGAGGCCCAGGAGUUCGUGUGGCAAGACGCCUUCAAAGUCGGGGAAAGGGUAUACCACGUUAGCUGCCAUAAGGAGGCAACCAAAGACGGCGGAAACACUCCUGUAUAUGUUAGGAGCACGCCCGAGCCGAUAUUAGGGAAGAGAAAAGCCGAGGACGAAUUGACCUCAACGCGAGGCAAGCCGAAGGCAGAGGGUGCAUAGAAUGCACGUUCCGACCAAGCGCGUCCUAGACCUCAGUGCUCCAACUCAGGGACUUCCAGCUUCGGGCGCCCGCGAACCAGCCGCUUCAGCUCGACCAGGCGGAGGCCCGCGAGGAGGGGAAACACCCUUCGACAGUGCGCGCCCAAUAAGGGAUUUGAGCAGACUGCUCUUCCGUGUUGAGCCGUGUUGCUGUCGGACGCUUACCCCUGCUUCCGUAUCGAUCGAGAAACUUCGAUUCAUCAUCGGGCAGGCGUUGUCCGCACGAACGGAUGGGUGGUGUGGGCGGGAUUUUCUCUCCCCUGGAGGAGGCGGCGAGAAGACGGUGACUAAGCAAGGCACCUCCGUCGCGCCGUCGUAGACAUAUAACAACCUGUCUGCGUUUGGAUGAACAGAGAAGGGAAAGGAACCAAGCACAUCGAGUUCCCAUGAAAGCUUCUCACAACCCGGACAGCUCUCGCCUUCGCCACGAGGUUGUUUCAUUGCAGUCGUCGUCUGUCUGGACACUACAUGUCCCAGCGCCACACAAGGAUGGUCGACCGGUCACAUCGAUUUACUUACCGUGUAUAUUUUUCUACAGCGUCUUAGCAUAGUCGCAACAAGGUGACUAGGGGGCUGAGGAACGGGGGCCGGCCCACGUGGUCUUAGGACAGUGUAAUGAGGUAAUGACACAAGGAGAAAACGAGGACGGAGACCG